CGGAUAUGCAAAAGCAGAAAGCAGAGCCUUCGCAUGAUCUUAAGGAAGAGCAGCUCCUUAUAUGUAGCCCUUAUGUACGAGUCUAUUCACUUAAGCACAAGUGCCGGACCAAAUUUGCGGUGACCAAUAUCCGUGACAUUACCUGGAACGAUACUGCCUUUUGAGGAAAUGAUACUCCCAGCUGGCUAUAAAGACCUCGUCUCAUCCUUCGUGGAAGCACAAACCACCGACAAAUUCCUGUUUGACGACAUCAUCCAAGGCAAAGGACAGGGCGUAACCAUGCUGCUUGUCGGCAACCCUGGCACGGGCAAGACCCUCACAGCUGAGGCUAUUGCUGACAAUGUUCGACGGCCACUCUAUGUUCCGAGUGCGGGGGAACUAGGUCGCUAUGCAGGUGAUGUCGAGAACCGUCUAAAUACCGUUCUUGAACUCGCUGAGAAGUGGAACGCCGUGCUUUUGUUUGACGAGUGCGAUGUCUUUAUGCAACAGCGAUUGAACGGACAGUUGGACCACAAUGAGAUAUUCUGUUUUCCUCAGAAUUCUCGAAUACUACCGUGGAAUCCUAUUCAUGACGUCCAACCGCGCCGACAUAAUCGACCAGGCCUUCCACUGCCGAAUCCAUCCUACUCUGCACUAUCCCGAUCUGGACCAAGACGCGAGAGGACACAUCUGGGAGCAGUUUGCGUGGUCGCAGCACCGGAUCGACUUGAUGAGCGAAGAAUGCAGACGCCUCUCCCAGCUCCCCAUGAACGGACGGCAGAUAAAAAUGCGCUCAAAAUUGCUACCCUCCUUGCCGUUCAAGAGAGGACGAACGUUGAUAUUGAGCACAUCCGCAGUGGGGCAGGCUAUGGGGGUGGCUGGUGCUGUGGACGUUUAAUAUUAAGCGGGUCAAGUGUUUACACGUGAGAUAGAUUGAUGGAUAGUAUGAAGGAGAUAAAGAUAAACGCGGACAGGGAAGAAGGUAGUACUUCCUCCCAAGGCGGCACCUUCGUCACCCAACAGUCUACGGACCAUGGAUCAGGUGUCAACG